GGUCCAGCGCGCCAACUGUCGCUCGUGGUCGCGGGAAAGAGGGGCGGGGGCGCGAGGGGCCCAGAGGCCUGGGCUGCGGGCGGUCAGUGGCCGCGGCCGCGCGGGGUGGGGGGCGGGAAGAAGCGGGGUGGCGGCGGCGCGGGGACAUUUGGGAGCGAAGUGAGUGGCCUGAAGUUUUGUCCGCCUCAGUGGGAAGCAAAGGUGGAGCUUAAAGUUGGGAAUCGGGCUGGUAGAGAAAAAGCUGGGGGUGGGAGGAGUGCUUGAGAGGGGAGGCCACUAGUAGAUAAUUAAUGGGGUGGGGAGCAUAGUUUGGUUUAGAAGAUGGAGGCUUGGGCACUGAGUGCAUAUUUGAAAGUGAGAGUGUUUAACCAAAUGCCCCUCAUUCUGAGUGCCCUCUUCAGAGGUCUGUGGACGCUGAUAAAUAUGAAGUCACAGGGCGAGAGGAGCCGCACGCCUAGGGUGUAGAAAGAGGCGGGGGUUGGGGAGGGGAAACUGAAGAAGGCCUGGUCACUUACAGGUUAGGGGGAGGUGGUAAAGGCUGAAGGGUGUAAGUAUUUUGGGAGGAUUAGGAAGCCACGAGUGCUUUGAGGGUGAAAGUGGGUGGGCCGGAGAAAGCUUUCCAUGCCCCCACAGGGCCAAUGUUAAGAAAAUUAAGCUCUUCAGUGAUAUUUAAAAUGAUAAGUAUGAGAGAUAAUUGGGGAGUUGGAGGAAUUGAUCAGCUAGUGAUAGAUAUCACAGGACGCAUUCAUGGCAUAACAACUUCAUAAUACCCGUGCUAGUGUCAGGAACAGAUCUAUUUGAUGGUGUCGCUUGACUGAGCGGUUAGAUUUUGCAUCCUGGUGGGAAACAUGACUUUUUACUUCCUUGAGUGCGGUUGUGAAUGUGAUCUCAUUUAGAUUUAAACCUUUAUUGAACCAAGAGUGCAAGGAGGGAAUUUCAAGAAUUCGGUGGAAAGUGAUAUUUAAAAAAUUGUUUAUUGCUCUUUGGCUUUCUGCCUUGUCUCUAUGCUCACACUGACUUCAUUAUCUGCCUCCUCUUUUUUGAGGUUUCAGAGUGUUAAAGCUGAUCUAAAUUUAAGACACUCUUCCUAAUAUACAACUUCAAAACCAGUGCUGUUUGUAGUUGAUAAGGGAUAAGUAAUUCCAUUUGUUACCUUGGUUUUAUUUUUGGUUGCAGUAGUUUAAAACAUUUCUUGAUUUUUUUUUCCUUUUCUGACUACUUGCAAAUCUGUGGAGUAGGUUGAUAAGCUAGCUUGUAUGUUUCCAUGAGCCCUUUCAUGCUUAAUCUAAAGCAGGAAAAAAGUACUGCAAUACUAAAAGUCUUUAAUAGUUUGCAUCAUGCAAAAUGAGAAAUUGCUUUAGGAUAUUAUAGUUACACUUAAUUAAAUCAAUACCACACUAUUCUGUAAAAUUUACUCAUGGGAUAAAAAAGGAAAAAUGAUUUUUCAUUGUAGAAUUACAGGUAAGCAAAUACAUGUUAAAUGGAACAAUUAAUGGAUUGAAGUUUUCUUAAAAUAUAGUUUCAUUCAACAAAAUUUUCAAUUCUGUAAACAUUUGGGUGCCUACUAUGUUAGGUGCUGGGAUAUAAUAGUCAGCAAUGAAUAAUUAUAUUCUUAUUUAUUAAAAUAAUGCUAGUAAUGAUAUUUAUAGCAAACAUGUCUGUGUGCUAGGCAUUAUUUUGUGUGCCUUACGUUUAUUUGGCCCUCUAAAUUUUUUCAAAAUACAUAUUAUCUUAAAAUUAGUCUACAUGGUGUAUUUUACUUGUAUCCAUAUCUUCCCUAGAUCCCUUUUUUGUUAUCAUUCACAUUCACUUGGAUCCUUUUCAUUGUCCCACUGUUACUCCAAGUACAUUAUUUUGAGAAUCUCAUCUUAUGAAAAAUGUCUUUCUUGAUGCAGUAGAGCCUCAGGUUGUUCAUACUUAAGGCUUCCUGAAAGAAAUGUUAGAACAAACAAGUGACAACUUUGAAUACAGCAGUUCAUGUGGAAUAGUUUGGAUGGACAUUUGCUGGCCUAUUUGUAGCUCUGCUCACUAUCUCAUGUGAAGGUUGCUGGACCAGAGACUGAAAUAUUGGGUUAUUUUUGUGGCUAUGUUGUCAUUUUCGUUUUAUUUUUUAAGUUUAUUUAUUUAUUUUGAGAGAGAGAGUGUGUGCACGAACCAUGGGGGAGGGGCCGACAGAGAGGGAGCGAGAGAGAACCCCAGGCAGGCUCUGCAUUGCACUGUCAGCACAACGCUGGGUGCAGGGCUCGAACUCCCUAACUGUGAGAUUGUAAUCUGAGCCUGAGUUGGGUACUUAACCAACUUAAGUGCCCCUUUAUGUUAUCAUUUUCGUUUAGUUUGACUUUAAAAAAAAUAUGUAUUUGUUUAUUUUGAGAGAGAGUGCAUGUAAGGGCAGAGAGAGAGGGAAAGAAUCUUAAGCAGGCUCUGUGCCGUGACCAAAGAGCUCAUGGUUCAUGAGAUCAUGGCCUGAGCUGAGAUCAAGAGUUCUAUGCUUGGGGCACCUGGGUGGCUCACUCGGUUAAGCGCCUGACUUCGGCUCAGGUCAUGAUCUCACGAUUUGUGGGUUUGAGCCCCACGUCGGGCUCUGUGCUGACAGCUCAGAGCCUGGAGCCUGCUUCGGAUUCUGUGUCUCCCUCUGUCUCUGCCCCUCCCCUGCUCACACUGUGUCUCUGUCUUUGAAAAGUGAAUAAAUGUUUUAAGAAUUUAAGAAGAAAAAAGUUUUAUGCUUGACUGAGCCACCCAGGUGUUCCUAAUGUUUUUGAGACAGAGACAGCACAAGUGGGGGAGAGCUUAACCGACUGAGCCACCCAGGUGCCCUUUGUUGGGUGCUUUUAACUUUUCUUUUAUCACAGAGCAGGGGAAAACAAAUUCUUUUUUUAGUUUAUUUAAUUUAUUUUGAGAGAGAGGGAGAGAGGGAGAAUCCCAAGCAGGCUCCGUGCUGUCAGCAUGAACCAUGAACAUCAUGAUCUGAGCAGAAACCAAUAGGGGCACCUGGCUGACUCAGUUGGAAGAGCAUGCAGCUCUGUUUCUCAGGGGCAUGAGUUCAAGCACCAUUUGGGUAUAGACAUUUAGAAAAAAAUAAAUUAAGAAAAUGUGUAUUUGUUUUUUCAUUUUCCGCAGUAAAGCUCGAGGAUUUUUUUAAAGGAAUUUUUAAAAGUUUUAUUUAUUUAAGUAAUAUCUGCACCCCACAUGGUGUUCAAACUCAUGACCCCAAGAUCAGGAGUCACUUGCUCCUCCGACUGAGCCAACCUGGUGCCCCUCCACUGUAAAGGUAGAGCCCUUCAUCUGAUCAACAGUAGCUGAUUCAUUUUCCUUUUGUGACUUGUCUUUUUAGGCUCACAUUUCAUAGCCUAAAGUCAUUCCUAAGAGAAAAGAAAACUCUCCUCUGCUCCGUUAAGAAGGAAAUAAAUUCUUGAACCAUCUUAUAAGGUUGGGAGGACAGUUUGCACCUACACGACAGUCAUAGUCGACUCUAUAAGAUAAUUCUAGGAAGGAAACGUAGUUAGGUUGAAUAUAGUAAAUUCUUGUUUCAUUUGGAAUUUAGUUUACUAGUUUGGAGGUACUUUCUGCUUUACAUUUUUUGUCAGACAUAGAAGGGGUAGUCUAAUAUUGGGAAAUUUUCUGACAACUUCCCACAUACAGGGAUAUUUAUAGGUUCAGCCUAUUUCUAAUACCUAAAUCUAUAAAACAAUCUAUUACAAUGACAAUACCACAGCACUGUGAAAUUCUGCAGAGCUUGCAGGAUUAUUUUAAAAAUGAAGUAUAAUUUUAUGAUCAAUGUAUUUUAUUAUAUUCAAAUUUUAAAAAAUGGUUAAUCCUUGAAUGAUGAAUGUGAUAUUCUCAGGUAACUAGAAUAUUAUGCUAAUGUAUUAAAUAACACCUUGUUCCCCAGUCAUUCUAGAAAGGAGUUUACUUAUUUUGGGAUAUUUUGAAAAUAACAUUAUCUCAGGAGAAGAGCUUGUUGAUUUAUCACUAGGACUCUGAAAGCACAGAUGGCAGACAGAACCUAAAUUUUUUUUUUGUAUGAAAGAUUGUUUUUCAAGAAGUGCUAAAAUAAUUGUGGAAAAAAGUUAUCUUUGAUACUAAAAGAUCUCUAUGUGACUCAUUGCCCUAUUAUAAUAAAAGUGAAUUCGUUUGGAUUACAGAUUAGAACAGCUUGAUACACAUGUUGCAAUAACUUCUUAAAUAUUUUAAGGACCAACUGUAGAACUGCACCAGAGAAGAAAGCUGAAGUCUUCAGAAAAUAAGGAAUCUGCCAAAGAAGAGAAAAUUCGUGAUACUCCAAUGCCUGAAAGAGCUCCAAAACGAACUCGAACGAGAAAUCACAUUUCAAGGUGACAGUGCCAUUUAUUAUUCUUAUUAUAAAGAUAUGUUAAAAGCGCCCUCAUUUGAAAGAGGUGUUUAUGAAUUGACACACAAUAACAAAACUGUAUCUCUGAAGACUAUAAAUGCAGUGCAGCAAAUGUCUCUAUAUCCAGAACUUAUCGCCAGUGUUUUGUAUCAAGCAACUGGUAGCAAUGAGAUUAUUGAGCCAGUAUACUUCUAUAUUGGCAUUGUUUUUGGAUUGCAAGGAAUAUACGUUACUGCUUUAUUUGUUACAAGCUGGCUUAUGAGUGGAACAUGGCUAGCAGGAAUGCUUACUGUUGCAUGGUUCAUUAUUAACAGGGUAGAUACAACAAGAAUUGAAUACUCCAUUCCUUUAAGAGAAAACUGGGCACUGCCAUACUUUGCAUGCCAAAUUGCUGCACUUACAGGCUAUUUAAAAAGCAACCUAAAUACUUACGGAGAGAGGUUUUGCUACUUGUUGAUGAGUGCUUCAACUUACACGUUUAUGAUGAUGUGGGAGUACAGCCACUAUCUCUUAUUUCUUCAAGCAAUAUCUCUGUUCUUGCUAGAUAGUUUUUCACUGGAGCAAAGUGAGAAGGUUCAUGAAGUUUAUAAAAUCUAUAUAUUUUCUCUCUUUCUGGGAUAUUUACUGCAGUUUGAGAAUUCAGCUUUAUUGGUGUCUCCUCUAUUAAGUUUAGUAGUAGCCUUAAUGCUUGCUAAGUGCCUUCAGCUGAAUGUGAAAAAAGGAACUUUUAUAGCCAAAAUAAUGAAAGUGAUUAAUUUUUACUUGGUGUGUACUCUGACAGUGACACUGAAUAUUAUAAUGAAGAUGUUUGUCCCACACAAAGAAAAUGGGCACAUGCUGAAAUUCCUUGAAGUAAAAUUUGGAUUAAAUAUGACUAAGAAUUUUACAAUGAAUUGGCUCCUGUGUCAAGAAUCCCUGCAGGCACCAUCCCAAGAUUUUUUUUUGCGAUUGACACAGUCUUCUUUAUUACCUUUCUAUGUUUUAGUGUUAAUUAUUUGUUUUCUUUCUAUGAUGCAAGUUAUUUUUAGGAGAAUUAAUGGCAAGUCCUUGAAAGAAACUAUUACGCUUGAAGAUGGACGAAUUGGAGGAAGGCCAGAAAUAAUUUAUCAUGUGAUUCACACUAUUUUAUUGGGCUCUCUUGCAAUGGUUAUAGAAGGCUUGAAAUACCUCUGGACUCCUUAUGUAUGCAUGUUAGCAGCAUUUGGUGUAUGUUCUCCUGAACUUUGGAUGACACUUUUCAAGUGGCUUCGAUUACGAACAGUACACCCAGUAUUAUUGGCUCUUAUUCUGAGCAUGGCUGUGCCCACUAUAAUAGGUCUCAGCUUAUGGAAAGAGUUUUUUCCAAGAUUAAUGACAGAACUAAUGGAACUACAAGAAUUUUAUGACCCAGAUACAGUGGAACUUAUGACCUGGAUAAAAAGGCAAGCUCCAGUUGCAGCUGUGUUUGCAGGGAGUCCACAGUUAAUGGGUGCGAUUAAAUUAUGCACGGGAUGGAUGGUGACCAGCUUACCUCUUUACAAUGAUGAUGAUCUUCUCAAGAGAAAUGAAAAUAUCUAUCAAAUCUAUUCAAAGCGAUCUGCUGAAGAUAUUUAUAAAAUACUGACAUCCUACAAGGCUAAUUACCUAAUUGUAGAGGAUGCUAUCUGCAAUGAGGUGGGAACCAUGAGAGGCUGUAGGGUUAAAGAUUUAUUAGACAUUGCAAAUGGCCACGUGGUUUGCGAAGAAGGUGACAAGUUGACCUAUUCAAAAUAUGGGCGAUUUUGUCAUGAAGUCAAAAUUAACUAUUCUCCAUAUGUGAAUUACUUCACUAGAGUAUACUGGAACAGAUCCUACUUUGUAUAUAAAAUCAACACUGUGAUAUCCUUUCAGUCUUGAAAAUAGCAGAGUCUUCAUUUCAAAGACAUAUCACUUGAAGUAAAAUGUGAUUUUCUUCUACUUACAUGGUGUCUUUUGGAAAUCAGAGGAUGGACAUUUGAAAUGUUGCUGCUGCUUUUCCCCUCCUGCUGUUAACUGGAUCCAGAGUUCUGCGAGAAUAGAACAUCAAGCAUUACUGUCCUUUGGUAAAAUGUCAAAUCUGCCACAAUAUUCCAGUCAGGUGUUUUCCUUAUCAUUACAUGGUCUUUGAAUACUUUAUCUUUUCAAUUAUUAUAAAAUUGCCCUCAUAAAUCUUCAUUCUGUCAUAACAUAGGUCUUGAAUUUGAAUAUGUUCAAGGUCAGAGUAUAUUUCUCAGACAUAACAUUUAAUAAAUAUACCAUUUAAUGUCAUAAUUAUAGACUAGAAGGAAAGAACUCUUCUUACCCUUGAGGCAGUUUCUGAAGGUAUUUCAUGGUUUAUAAUAGAAUUGAAAUAUUACAAUAAAAAUUAAUUUAAA